AUGAGGGGGCAAGUGUGGGAAAAGGAAGAAACAAGUGAGGGGAUAAAAAUCAGGAUGUACCUUUCUCCUCUUUGGCUGUCUGAAGGCAAGCUCUACUGGAGUCACCCAUGGAAGUUCGGCCAGGGUUCUCGCUCCUGCCGCGUUUGCUCUAACCGCCACGAUCUGAUCCGGAAAUACGGGCUCACCAUGUGCCCUCAGUGUUUCCGUCAGUAUGUGAAGGACACAGGCUUCAUUAAGUUGGACUGAGAGACCUUGGGUGGAUUAUUCAAGACUGUCUGCCCAGUGAAACUGAUCAUGCUAGCCUUUGUACAUAAAGAAUAAAAAAGUGAAGACCCUCAA